UCUAAAAAUGCGUAGUGAUAUAUUUAUAGGCUAUUAAUUAUGCUCAAAAUAAGAGAGAUAAAGGAACUAAAACGUUAACGGGGUUUUAUUACCUCAUAUAGUCAACGUAGUUCUAAAUAUGAAAAAAAGCCGGAAUACUACCAUCUAAAAGGGUGCGUUUUUUAUAGAAAGUUGUAAAUUAGUCCCUAGGCACAGGGUGAAUUAGUGUGAGAUAUAUGCACUUUCGGUACAAACACGUCUGCAUACAAAUUGUUCCAGGUAAAAUUUGCUACCAAAAUAUCACCUUUUAAAGUAAAAAUAUUUUCUACAAAAAUAUAUUCAAAGAAAAAAAACACGAAAGAAAGCAAUUUGGUUUAUUGCCCCGCCACUUUGUGCACGGGGAUAUAGCUAUAGGCAUAGCUUCACAGAAAAAAAUACCAUCCUUCCUUUUUAAAAUUAUGUUUGGUAGAGGUACAGCAUUUUUGGGUCAUUUUCUCCAUUAAAUAUUUCGCAAACAUUGUUCUGUACCUUUUUCUCCACAUUUUUAGGUAUAUGCAAAGGUUCAUUUAGUAGAAAGAGAAAUUAAUUACCUCUAGGGUUGUUCAAGUAAUUUUAAGCAAGUUACGGUUUUUUAAAUUUUUAUACUUUUAAUGAUUUCUGAUAUUUUUUACCAUUAUUUUUUAAAUUUCUUGUUAUAACUAUUUUUCUUGUAAAUUUAGUUAUAUACAUUGUAGAAUAAAAAAAAAGCGCAUGGUCCUUUUCAUGAGCAUUUUUCAGUGCGUCACAGUUUUUCGAUUUCUCUCUAAUCCAUUAAAUUGUAUGUGACAGAAAAAAAGCACGUCGCUGAUUACACUUCAUCGGUGACAUUUAUAACAUUUAAUCUAGUUGUCAAUUGAUGGCGCUAAUAAUAUAAUAUAUUAUUCUAUAUAAAAAAAUUUAAUCUGUACAAUUUAUAAGACUAUACAAAUCAAAGAAAAUACCAUUUUAUAAAUGCAAUAAACACAAUUGAUUUGUUUUUAUACCAAAUUGCAAAUAAAAUGUGACAACUGUCAGAUUUAACUAAAAUGUCAUGUUAGAAUAAAUGUCAUAAAUGUGUAUUUAUCACGGACUAAUCUUUUUUUCUAUCAUUUGUGACGCACUGAAAAAUGCUCAUAAAAAGAACCAUAUUUUUUUUUGUUUAAAAUGUUGUACUGUAAAAAAUUCUAAGGCUGCUUUAAAACAAGAUAUCCGCAGGAUAUCCAAGGGGGAAAAUAUCCGUAAUUAGCACGUUAAGCCCCAUGUGUACCACACUGGCACACACUCUAGUUUUAUCUGGGACUGUGUGUACCUAUCAGGCCACAGCGAAGUGUCGUGUUCCUAAUGCCGUGGCUCGUCGAGGAUCGCAUUUGCCGUGCUUUCUUAUGUAUAAAUGUGUGUAAACGGUCUGUGGUAAACAAAAUCAGAGGUUGGUCCGUUAAACCACGUGUUCACAAACAGGUUAGGUUAUAAUUUCUAACAUGCUUCAGUCAGUAUCGGUUCGAACGUCUAACGAGGCUAACACUAUUUUCUCUUCAGUUUUUUGUUAAAAAGUGGAACUAAAAAAUAAUAUAAUGUUCCGUAAAGGACUAUCGGAAGACGAACUUCGCAGACUUGCUGAGGAGAGUGACUUUAGUGAUAGUAGUAUGUCUGAAAGUACGUUUUAUGAUUCUGAUGCCGAUCCAGUGUACAAUGAAAAUGUUACUGAUGGUUCUUCAGACUCAUACAGUAGUGAAUAUGAGUCUCGCAGAAAAAAAGCUAAAAUUUGCAAACAAACACAAAAUUGCAAAGAAUUUACUGCAGGUUCUAGUUCUAACCAAAAGGAGGCUGAUACAAGAAGGAUAGAAAAAGCUGAAUCUGCAAACGUUAGCCUGGAAGCUGUUAUUGACGAUGUAUCAAGAAAUAAAAUAACUGCAGGUCCUAGUUGUAUCCAAAAGGAGGCUGAUACAAGAAGGAUAGAAAAAGCUGAAUCUGCAAACGUUAGCCUGGAAGCUGUUAUUGACGAUGUUGUAUCAAGAAAUAAAAUAACAUGGAGCGAUGUGCCAAAUCCAGAUGAUCUCAAUAAGUUCGAACUAUCAUUUACUUCAGGAAUAAAUCAGGAAGAACUCGCAAAACUUACAGACCACAAACCAAUAGAUUUCUACCUACUGUUUAUCGACCGUCAAGUGCAAGAUUUGUUGGUUACUGAAACUAAUAAAUACGCCGAACAAACCAUAAUCGCUGGUAUUGUAAAUGAGUCAAUAACGAAACAUUCGCUUAUGAGUAACUGGAGACCAAUUGACAGAAAAGAAUUGCUUCGAUUUUUGGCUCUCAUUAUUUGGAUGGGGUUAGACAGAAAACCGAAACUCAGAAAUUAUUGGAGUAACAAUUUACUUUACAAAAAUGAAGUUUCUAAAAUGUGUGAAAUAAGUAGAAGUCGAUUUGAAAUAUUAUUACACUUCUUUCACAUUUCAGAUAACGAGAGCUGCCCACCUGGAAACAGACUCUACAAAAUUUCUCCUCUUGUACAAAUACUAAAUGAAAAGUUUCAGAAAAUGUGUACUCCUAGAGAAUCGUUAUGUAUUGACGAAACUAUGGUGCCAUUUCGUGGUAGACUUAGUUUUUUGCAAUACAUUCCUGGAAAAAGACACACAUAUGGAGUCAAAUUGUUUAAACUUUGCGUCGCAGAUGGAUAUACGUACGCUGUUAAAGUGUACGGUGGAAAAGAGAUGCAACCAUCUGAAAAGUCGUUAGCAUCCAGAGUGGUGAUGGAACUUAUGCAACCGCUUCUAGAUACAGGCAGAAGUUUAUAUACUGAUAAUUUUUAUACGAGUGUUGACUUGGCUCAUGAUUUAAAUAAUAGGAAAACCCAUUUAGUCGCAACAUUACGUUCCAAUAGGAAACACAAUCCCAAAGCGGUAGUCAAUGCAAAAUUAAAAAGAGGUGACAUGAAGUAUCUACAGAGUAAUACAAAAGUUGUUAUCGGAAAAUGGAAAGAUAAACGGGACGUUUUGUUUUUAACGACCAAGGAUAUUCCUUUGAUGAUAGAUGUUCAAACAAAACGUGGACCUGUUCCCAAACCAUCGACCAUUGUUGACUAUAAUUCUGCAAAAUCUUUUAUCGAUGUGUCGGAUCAAAAGGCUGCAUAUAAUUCCCCUGUUCGACGAAGUAUGAAGUGGUAUCGUAAAUUGGCUGUGGAAUUACUAACAAAUACCGCACUUGUUAACUCUUUAGUUCUCUACAAAUCUGUUACUGGCAAACAUCUCUCAAUUACUGAGUUCCGUGAACAGAUUGUUCAAAGUCUUUUAAUGCCUCAAACAACUUCUGAAAACUCUUUAACAACUUCUGAAAACUCUUUAACAACUCUGCAUACGUUGGACGAGAAAGAGAAAAGGGGAAGGUGUUCAGCAUGUUACAAGAACUUUUCGAACCGUGAAGGAAGAGCAUCAGCGAUGAAGAAUGCCAAAAGGGUAUACACUUUUUGUCCGGCAUGUGCCGUUAAUACCGCAUAUAUGUGUGUUAAGUGUUUUGUGAAUAUUCAUACAUGUUCUUUGAAAAAAUAAAUUGUUUUUGUAUUUUUAAACUUAAAAUAUCUUAGGGAGAAGGUAUUUGAUUAUCUUCCUGGUGUGAGCCAAUAUGGCACACAUGGUCCACAUUAAAACAAAUUACAAAAAUAAUUAUAAAUAGACCGUGUGUACCCUGUUGGUACAUGCUGUUUUUUUACUUAAAAAAUGUAUUUUGUUUUUAUUUUAGAAUAGAAAUAAAUAGUUAUACACAUUCUUAUUUCAAAAUUAUUAAAAAAAUGUUCCGGUCUGACAGAAAAAUUAUGUCAUGAUGGUCCGGGGCUUAACGUGUUAGGGAAAAAUUUUGAAAUUUUUUAGUUUUUUCAAUUAGAAGAAUAUAAUUGAAACAAAACUGCCUUUCCCCCUUGUUCUUGUUUACUCGGAUUUUUGAGUAUUCGAAACUGUUUUCGGCACUUUUUCCUAGACGAAAAGGGAGUAGAUACGUGACCAUUGUCCUUUCUACUUUCUGCUAUAUUCGUCGUCUCCGUGCUUAUAAAGCCGGAGAUUCAGGAUGUAACCAGAAAGCAGUUUCUUUCGACGAAAAGUCUUGGAUUUAAAAUAUUGUUAAUUGUUUUAUUUCAAUUAUUUUCAUUGUUUUAUUACAGUAAACUUUGCAUCUGGGUCUUUUCGUCGUCUUCCUAGUUUUACUAGAGAUGUCGCUAUUUUGCUUCUCAGAGGUGGAAUUACUGCAUCGCGGUGAUUUCCCUUAAAAGGCAAACUUGUUUGAUUUUUGAUUCAGUGUUGGGACUGCAUAGCUACAUUGAUGAAGCAUAAGAUGCAGACAUAGCUAUCUGUAGAUGGUGGUCCAACUCGGAAUCAAAUUAAAACAAAACUGCCUUUCCCCCUUGUUCUUCUUUACUCAGAUUUUUGAGUGUUCGAAACUGUUUUUCGGCACUUUUUCCUAGACGAAAAGGGAGUAGAUACGUGACCAUUGUCCUUUCUACUUUCUUCUAUAUUCGUCGUCUCCGUGUCUAUAAAGCCGGAGAUUCAGGAUAUAACCAGAAAGCAGUUUCUUUCGACGAAAAUUUUUUUAUUUAAAAUAUUGUUUAUUGUUUUAUUUUGGAUUACGGUUCUACUUACGCUCUACUUCAAAGCUGAAAAAUUAUUUCUUGCUUAAAAAUGGUCAUCUAGCCUUCUAAAAUGGACCAUUUUAAAAAUAUGUAACUGAAUUUUCUUCCUACUAAAUAUACCAUUUUCCUAUAUACCUAAAACAAUGUUUAGGUAUAUAGAAUGGUAUAUAUCUAAGAAUGGUAUAUAAUGGUAUAUGCAUGCGUAGAAAAAAGUUACAGAACAAUGUUUAUUUCUUGCUUAAAAAUGUACAUGCAGAUGUAAAUACAGAACAAUGUUUGCAAAAUAUCAUGCAAAAAUUUGAAAAACCAUAUUUCGUAAAGUGUAAAUCCGGGAGACUUUUACCAAAACUUAUUUUAAAUAGGAAGGAUGGUAGUUUUUCUUUCUGUGGAGCAACGCCUAUACCUAUAUCUUCGUAGAAAAAAGUUAUGGAGCAAAAAACAAAAUUGCUUUAUUUCGUGUUUUUUUUCCUUUUUUUUUAAUAUAUUUUUGUAAUUAAAAAUAUUUUUGACUUUGAUAGGUGAUAUUGUGACAGUAAAUUUAAUCUGGAACAAUUAUUUUUCUCUAGACGUGUUUGUACCAAAGGUACAUAGAACUCACCCUAAUGCACCCUGUGCUUAGGGACUAAUUCACCCCUUUCUCAAAAACACACCCUUUUAAAUGAUAGUACUCCGCGAAUUUUUCAUAUUUAGAGGUCCAUUGACCAUAUAAAAUAAUAAAAGCCCGUUAACCUUGUAGUUCCUUUCAAAAGUACAUAAUCAAUGGACUAUUUACUUUUGCAGAUAAUUUCGAUGUUACAUACUUGUAAAAAUCUUUCGGACUUUUGCACUAAUUCUGUUUUCGUAGUUACUUCUAGCAGUUAAUUCGAUUGGUGAAUGAUAUAUGUCAUGUAAUAUGGAUAUUUUUGGUAAAAAUCUAUAUUUCUGGAUGUUUUUGGUAAACCGAACGUUAGACUGGCCUUCUGAAAUAGCUAAAACCGUUAGUAAAGCAAAUUGUGCUUUAUAUCUUAUGUCAAAAGAUUUUCAUCAAAUGUUUCCAGAGUUGUUCUGAAAUUUUACAAAAGUUAUAUUACACCUUACCUAGAAUUGGCUGUGUCAGUUUGGUCACCUGUUUCUGAAGGGAAGAGGAAAAUACAAGAUAAAUUUUUGUUUAAAUCCUAUAUCCAAACGAUUGUGGAAUUUUUAAGUAAAUGUUCUAGUAAUUUAUAAUUAUUUUCAUUAUACACAGGGUAAGUCAUGAGAAACUAUAUAAUAUAUAGUUUCUAUAGGAUAAAAUAUUAUUUUGUCCUACCUAGUAUUAUAGAGGCCCUUAUGAGGAAUAACAAGUGACCGUUAAAAAGUGUCUGCUCGCAAUUUUUUUAAUACACAGGGUGAAUUGUGACUUUUUUUGUUGAAAUUUCUGUUCGUCCGACCUUCUAUAACUUUUGAACGGUAAGUUCGUUGUAUCUCAUAUUUUAGUCAAACAUUACACUACUACCACCACGUUUUGUUCUGACUAGAAAAAAAAUUAGGUUCUUGUAUGAAAAUAAUUACUAACAGACAGUGAUACUAAGCUGGAUUUUCACCAACCAUUAGAGCAAGCCGGAUUUAGGAGUGGCUUUGAAACGAAUGACCAGCUACAAGUAAUAAAAUCCUUAAUAGAGAAAGUUACAGAAUACAACAAGCCUAUGAUAUUAAUAUUUGUACACUUUGAGAAAGCUUUUGACUCAGUUCAGCAUAGCCCAAUGUUAAGAGCUCUUACAGAGUGCAUUAUUGAUCAUAGGUACACAACUCUUCUUCGCAAUAUAUUAUCUAAUAACGCAAUAGCUGCAGUGAGAAUGUGUUAUGUAUGGCAACACAAAUACAGUUCCAUUUAAGAGGGGUAUUAGGCAAGCAGACACCAUUUCUCCUAAACUCUUCACCGCUUUGUUACAGAGUGCUAUGAGACACAAUAAUUGGGUAAAUAUUGGAGUCAAUAUAAAUGGGGAGUUUCUGAACAACUUGAGAUCUGCAGACGACAUACUCCUUAUUGUAGAUAGGGUAGAUCAUUCCUGCCAGCUUCUGUCGAUAAACCAAAUUAACCACUGCACAAGCAUUCUGCUUCAAGUGGUAUUUUUGUGUUUAUUUAUUGGGAAUUAUAAUUAGUUUAAUGUAUUACCAUUGUAUAUAUUGUAUCUUUUCUUUGAAUAAACAUUUAUUUUAUUUUUUUUUCUUCAGAAUUUCAGAGCUCCUGUACACGAGUUAGACUUAAAAUUAAUUUUUCCAAAACACAAAUCAAACAACAGAGCUAAACAGGAGAACAGUACUGGCAUGGACAGCUUACUGUAAACUGAGAGAAGUCUUUAGUUCAUAUUAUAUUCCCAUAUGUUUGAAAAGGAAGGUCUCUGCUCAAUCUCUACUCCCAGUUCUAUCUAACGUAUCGAGGAGAAACAUCAACCCUUACCAAAAAAGUAAUCAAUAAAAUACAAGUGGCAUAGAGAGCGAUGAAGAGGUCAAUGCUGGAUAUAUCCCUCAGAGACAGUGUUUUAAAUACAAUAGUCAGGAGAAAAACUGGUGUUACAGACGCAGUUCAAAUGAUUACAACACUUAAAUGAAACUGGUCGGGACACUUGGCCAGAUUCAAGGAUGGAAGAUGGACAAAAAAAUUAUGGAAUGGAAAGCUAGACACGAUGCUUAUCGUAAUCGAGGACGUCCUCCGACAAAGUGGUCGGACAACAUAAUCAAGCGCAUUCAGACAACUGGAUUUAGGAUGCUCAUGCUCAA